GCCUACAACUCCCAUCAUGCUCCAUUUGGGACAUCGCUUCUCUUCGCAAGAAGGCGGCCCUUCACCCCGCCACUUGUCUUCACACCUUUAAUGCUCCUUGGCGUGCCUCUGACGUUCCCCGGAGGUCUUCAAUCCCGUAAACAAGAGCACCAAGGCUACAUUCAGAAGUUCAAGGAGGCGUGGCUUAGGGACCGGAAGAACGUCCGGUUGCCAAGGGAACCCCACGCGCCUAGGCGCCGGCCCAGCCACUGAUGCUCCCACUGAGGCACAGGCAGCCGGUUCACCCAACUUGUAGAACCGGCAUUGCUCAGGAGCAGGGAUUCUUACAGAGGCGGCAUAGAGACGAAGGCUGAGAGACGCUCGAUAUUUAUCCCACGAACGGAUACGAACGAGUGGUCGGUUCCUGUUCUUUUCAGCCCCUGGGCCCGCAGGAUUAACUUCAAAAACCAGCUGGUUUGUAAAUAUUUGAAUCACAUUAUGGGAUUGCUAGACAGACUUUCAGGCUUGCUUGGCCUAAAGAAGAAGGAGGUUCAUGUUUUGUGCCUUGGGCUGGAUAAUAGUGGCAAAACAACAAUCAUUAACAAACUUAAACCUUCAAAUGCUCAAUCACAAGAUAUAGUUCCAACCAUAGGAUUCAGCAUAGAGAAAUUCAAAUCAUCCAGUUUGUCUUUUACAGUGUUUGACAUGUCAGGUCAAGGAAGAUACAGAAAUCUCUGGGAACACUAUUAUAAAGAAGGACAAGCCAUUAUUUUUGUCAUUGAUAGUAGUGAUAGAUUAAGAAUGGUUGUGGCCAAAGAAGAACUUGAUACUCUGCUAAAUCAUCCAGAUAUUAAGCACCGCCGAAUACCAAUCUUAUUUUUUGCAAACAAAAUGGAUCUUAGAGAUGCAGUGACGUCUGUAAAAGUGUCUCAGCUGCUGUGUUUAGAGAACAUCAAAGAUAAACCAUGGCAUAUUUGUGCUAGUGAUGCCAUAAAAGGAGAAGGAUUGCAAGAAGGUGUAGACUGGCUUCAAGAUCAGAUCCAGGCUGUGAAGACAUGAAAAGAUAGUAUUUGGAAACCUCAACAGUUUUCAAUUCAAGGAAUGUAUCUUAAGGCACACUGAAUACUUCAAAUUUUUUUAAAAGAUGUUUGUGCAUCUAGGAAUACUUCAUAAUCUUCUGCUUGCAUUUAUGGACUCUGAAUGAACUUUUUAAGAACAUAGGACUUCAGGUAUGCUAAUCUGACCAUUAAUUAUAUUAAAACAAAAUCAUUCCUCAGAAGGGCUCCUUCUGCAGAAUUAUCAACUUCUUAGUAAAAGUCUACAUUUGAUUGUAAUUAGAAUGUUUAAACUCAGAGUUAUAAGCCAUCUCAAUAUCUCAUCAUGAUUUAUAAUAUCUUUAAUGCAUCUUUUUAAAAUUGUCUUACAAAGUUUAGUUUAUGGUAUGACUUUGCAGUAUGAUUGUGUUUGGAAAAAGAACUUUAAAUAUUUAUAAGGGACCAUGGGUAAUUAAUAUAUACAUAAAAUUUUUACUAUAUGUCACUAUCAAUAAACAUAAUAUACAAUGUACAAACUAGUGUACUUUGUUUACGCUGAAAAGAAUAAUGCUGUGUUAACGUAAUAUUUAGUGUUUUACUGUCAAGCAUUUGUAAGUUUUCUGAGACCAAAUUAAGCUGAAUUUAUUUAUCCAAUGAAUGUGUAUUGAACCUCUCUGUACCUACACUAGUCCGACAUUGUCCCAGGCAAUGGUGAUACAAGGUAAAUAAAUCAAGACAUAUUCUUUAUCCAUAGUGAACUUAAAAUUAAUGAGGGUGAUUUUGAGAACCUUUUCAUACAUAGUAUCAUUUUAUUUUUGGCUACAUGAAUAUCUUGGAUUUUAAGAUUAAGAGGUAUGCAAAUGAACUAAUGAUUCUUAAAUAAUUACUUUAACUGACUUCUUGUUUCUUUAAAAUGCCUCCAAUUACUAUAGCACUUUCUUAAAAUAAAUUGUGACUCACCAAACUGUGUUUUUCCUGAGCAUAAACUGCUACAAAAAUGUUGUUUAGAAUUUUAGAAACAUCUCAGGCAUCUACUCUAUGCAAAUUGUGUGAGUUCUCAAAACUUAGAGACCACUUAUAAUUGUGACCUCUGAGUAGAAGAUUUCAUUUUAAAUUAACCACUAGAAAACAGUAUAUAGAGCAAGGGUGUCAAUCCUGAAAAACACUACAUAUAAAGAACAACUGUAAUAUACAAUGUGUAAAACAUCUUACCAUGUCCUUAGCUGUGAAAAUGAUAAAAACAGGAGGCAAGGGGCACCUGGGUCGCUCAGUCAGUUGAGCUUCUGCCUUCAGCUCCUGCCCUUUUCUCUCAAAUACACAAAAUCUUUAAAGAAAAUAAAAAUUAAAAA